AUGGCACAUUCUGAUGCUAGCAGAUCAUCACGAAUCCCAAUUUUGAGAAGUCGCCUUCCGAGAGCAUCCUCACUAUUGAGUGGUCGUCAGGGUAAUCAUCUUCGAAUGGCUCAUUCAUUGAAUACUCCUCCAGGCCCACUGAGUGGGUUUGGUAUUGGUCGAGUUCAGUUGGAGCGUUAUACUGCUGAAGGGCGGAGAAUCUUACAAGACAGUCUUCAUACAGUGAUUCAAGAGCUGCGACCAAUGAUGGAAGAUAUAAGAACUGCAGGAAAUCGUGUUCAUUCUCUGGUAUGGCUUCGGACACCUCAACAACAAAUGCAGCGCCAACAGCAGCCACUACCGCUGCCACCUAGAUCACAACAGCCGCCACCACUGCCAUCUAGAUCACACCAGCGGCUGCAGAAUGUUCCCAUAACUCAGUCCUCAUCUGGUGAUAGCUUUGUGAUUACAGCCAACACAGCGCAAGCCUCAAACUCUCAUCACCAUCACCACCACCGUCAGCGGCAGCAGAAUACCAACAUGGCUGGAGGUGCUGCAGAAAUGCUGCGUCAUAGUCCAGGAACAAAAGAGUCCCUUUCCCUACUGCAAUUCCUGGGUAUUCUUCUCACCAAAGGCACCUAUGAUCAUCGUUCAGGUAUUCUUCUCUUCAUUGGUUUGUUUAUCACCUUUGCUCAUACUAAUGCAGUGGUAAAGCGGGAGAUUGCCAAACAGAGUCGGCGUAGGCUGUCAUCUUUGUUACUGAUUGUCUGCAAUCUCUUAGGAUGCAUUCUGUUCAUCUACUACAUGUUCCAAGACCAGAAGCUCUAUCUGAGUCUGGUCUUCAUUCCUCCAUACACACAGCCUCUCAGCGUUUGGGAUGGGAAAGUGCUACUGUGGAUUGUGAGUGUCACAGACUUUGUACUCAAGUUAGUCACAAUAAUCCUAAAAGUUUCCAUUGCAGCACUUCCUGUUUUUCUUCUACCCUACCAGAAAAGGGGAAAGUGCUACUUGUUUUUAGAAACCACAUCUCAGCUAUAUCGGAGCCUUGCCCCAAUCCAGCCAUGGUUAUAUUACCUGCUUGGAUCUUAUCAGGGAACUGCCAAAGUUGUUGGAGUAUUCCUGUCUGCAGCAUAUAUGGUGUCCAAGGGAACUGACCUUGUGAACAGAGUGAAACUCUGGCGAGGUGCUUUUUGGAAGUUGCUGCAGAAUGUGAAUCUUGGUGUGAGCCCAAACAAAGACCAGCUACAAACAGCUGGCAGUCAGUGCCCAAUCUGCCACGAUGAAUAUGAAACUCCAGUUCUCCUACAUUGUCGUCACAUCUUCUGUGAAGCAUGCAUUGCUACGUGGUUUGACAGGGAGCAGACAUGCCCUCUCUGUAGGGCUAAAGUUGUAGAUGACCCAUCAUGGAGAGAUGGUGCUACAACAUAUUUUAACCAGCUUUAUUGA